GUACAUGUACACUGUCGCCAGCGAAGGAAGAAUUCAAAGUUUGCUCGUUUGGCACUUUCGUAAACAAUUUAUCAUCAGUGAUGAUGACGAACGUGAGACAGUUCCGUUUUGCAGUGACACAUUCAGUGUUUGUAAACCAUUGCAUUUCAUUUGCAAAGAAUAUAUGUGAAUUGAGAAUCAUGUUACAUAGGGACAAAAUAAUUUGUUUGUUUGAUGUUGAUGGUACACUUACAGCACCAAUGAAGGUUAUUGAACCAGAUAUUGAGACAUUUCUGUUGAAUGAAUUGAAACCGAAGUGUACAGUUGGUUUGGUAGGAGGAUCAGACUUUAAGAAAAUAGCGUAUCAGAUGGGUGGUUCAGAAGCAGUUCUAAAAAAAUAUGACUACGUAUUUGCAGAGAAUGGGUUGAUAGCUUACAAGGAUGGCAUAUCAAUUGGACAUCAGACUAUCCAGGAACAUAUGGGAGAAGAAAAACUUCAAACAUUUAUCAACUUUGCUCUUAACUAUAUGUCACAGCUGAAACUGCCAGUUAAACGUGGCACAUUUAUUGAAUUUCGUACAGGACUCAUAAAUGUCUGUCCAGUUGGACGAAGCUGCAGCCAGGCAGAACGUGAACAAUUCUUUGAAUUUGACAAGGAGCAUAGGAUAAGGGAAAAUUUUGUCAAAUCUCUAGAAGAAAGGUUCCCAGAUUUGGGACUUGUAUAUUCUAUAGGUGGACAAAUAAGUUUUGAUGUCUUUCCAAAGGGCUGGGAUAAAACAUAUUGUUUACAGCACUUGGAGAAAGAUAAAUUUGAAGAAAUCCACUUCUUUGGUGACAAAACAGACCCUGGUGGCAAUGAUCGUCAGAUAUUUACAGACCCUCGUACGAUUGGACAUAAGGUCACUUCACCAGCAGAUACUAUGAGGCAGUUGCAGCAAUUAUUAAAACAGAAACUGUCAUAACUUAAAUAUAUUGAGUGUAACAUGUAACUGAAGAGAGAACCAUUUUUUUAUCUGAAUUUAUCUGUAUGUGAUGAAUUUACAAGAAUCAAAGCUAUUUUUGUCACACUUAAAGCAGAACGAUGCAACAGAUUAGGUGUAAUUUUCAUGGGGUAUAUUAGGAUAAUGCAGUAUUUUUCUUUCACCAUUUAUAGUGCUGGUAUUCAGAUCUGCAAAGAGAAUAGAAGUGAAUAUUUUUGAUGCUCUGGUGACAAAAAUUAUGCCUUUAAAUUUCCAUAAAUGUUACUGUUGACUUUUAACAAAUAGAAGCUACGAGCACAGUGGAAACUUGAUUGUAUAUCUUCUGAAUAUUUUUGUAACAAAUGUUAUUUUGAAUUUUUUUUAAGUUUCAUGAUGAUGUACCAGCACCACUGGACACUGCCAGAGAAAAAUCUUGGGAUUCCCAAACAUAAUACAGAUUAUGAAUUUCAUUAUGAGGAUGAAGCUAUAAAAUAAGAUAUUAAAAGUGUAAAAUCUGAAAGGUAAUUGUGUGUCCUAGUAAUCAUACUGUGGACUAUUUUUACAGAGAAUAAAUAUAAAUUUGAGGAGAAUAUGUUCUCAUUUACAUUAUCAAACAUUCAGAUAACUGGCUUUCCAUCUCAGGAAGCCAAAUUUCCUGAUAAUGUGUGGCAAAACAUCAUGCCAGUGCAAGAUCACUAGCAGUGAUUCAGUUAAGUUCCCUUGAUUUGUUUCUUGGAAAAUAGGUUUCAAUACUAGCAAGAAUCAAAAUGGAAUAAAAUGAGCCUAUCUGUUAACAUUCCCCAUUACACCAUACAUUCUGCAGUAAAAUUAAACAUUUUUUGUGUUUGUACUAAUUUGUACUAGUGUGAGAGUGUCCGGAUAU